UUUCUCUUUUCUCUCUCUUUCUCUUUAUUUUUUUAACACAAAAAAAUUGUACCUUUUUAUAUCUGUACAAAACACAGGAUUUUUAAGAAAAGUCAUUCAAUUUCUCUAAAUUUUCUUUCUCCCCUCUCUUGUUUAUUUAAUAACGAGCCAGAAAAUAAAAAGUUCAGCUAAUAUACAAGAGAUCUAAACAUGCCAUACGAAGGAGAUGCAUGCGUUGUAUGUAAAGGAACCAAAUCCACGAAUGAAAAUCCCAUUAUUUACUGUGAUGGUGAUGAUAAAACUAAUUUAGAAAACCAAAAAUGCAAUAUGCCUGUUCAUAAGCGAUGCUAUCAUCUUAAAGAAGUCCCUGAAGGUGACUGGUAUUGCCAAAGUUGUCUAAACAAGGUGAAAAAGAAAACAACAAAUGUCGUUUGUUGUACAACCAGAGAUGGAGCAUUAAAACCAACAGACGUUCCAGGAAAAUACAUGCAUAUUGUUUGCGCCAUGUGGAACAAAUUGGUGCCUGACAAAACAGAACCCUACACUGUCAAGGAAUCAGAAUUAGGUUUACAUAAAUGUGUUUAUUGUCCAAAGAAACAGGGUCUAUGUAUUCAAUGUGAAGAACCCAAUUGCCUAACUCGCUUUCAUGUCACGUGUGCUAUUGAUAAAGGAAUUCUUAAAGCGGCUGCGGUGGUUCCUGACGAUUAUUCACCUCGAUGUUCAAAACAUCAAAUAAAAACAAAAAACAAAAGUAGGCGUCUUCGUAAAAGAAACAUUUCAGAUGAUGAGAGCGAAGAAGAAACUGAAGAGGAAACAGAAGAAGAUGAAGACAAUGAGGAGGAGGACGAAAGCGAUCAAGAUCACGAGGAUAAUGAUGACGAAGAUGAAGAGGAAGAAGUAGAGCCUGAAGAUAAGAAAAACAGAAAUCCUUUGUUUAUGGCACCUAAAAAGAAACUAGCAUUAUCGUCCAAUAAGCUUAUUGCUGCUUCAGCCUCAGCAAGCAUUACCAAACCAUUAAAAAAAGAAAUUCCUUCCAAGCGACGCACACAUAUUGAAGACAGUUCAGAUGACGAUGAUAUGGGCACCUCAAACAAUAAGAAGCCUAAAAAUACAAACAAUCUUGCAACUUAUAGAAAGAACUCUACAUUAGGCAUCUCAUUAAACAACAACAACAGCAAUAGCAACAACAACAACAAUAAUAGCAACAGCAAUAACAACAUCAGUAACACCAAUAGUGUCUCUAAUACCAACCAGCAAAGAUCUGAAGGAUUGUCUUAUCGAGACCGGUUCAAGAAACCAGAUUUAGAGUUAAUACCAAGCUUAUUAAAUGAAAUCAAAAGACCAUUUAGUAACCCAAACCCUUCACCUUCUACUCUUGAUGACCAUCUUCGUAGACAACAACAAUUACAACAGCAAUCACAAAUUCAGCAACCAUCGCCGCAGCAGCCUAACAAAAACAGUCCUCUUGUAGAAUUAAAUAGACUACGAGAAGAAAUCAAGAAGCUAAAUUACUUUAAGCAAAAAGUCGCCGAAGUUUUUUUAGCACUAAAUGUUCCUGUUCCUGCUUCUGUCUCUUCACCCAAUACAGAUAUAGAAAGCUAUGUUGAUUACCUAAGACAAACAAUCCAGCGUGUUGGUCCUGUUAAAGAUGAGGAAAUGGACCAAAUUAAAGAUUACGCAGAACUUCUUGUGAAUAAAAACAAGAGUAAAUAGUUGAAUAUUUAUCAAAAAUAAAGCUCAUCUGGUAUUGAUCUUAAUG